AUGGAUAUCAAUUCUUCUUACAUUCAUAAUUCAUCACAGGGGAGCAACAAGACUAUGGUCACUGCGUUUAUCCUCCUGGGAUUUCAGGGUCCCAUUAACAUAAGGAUGUUACUGUUUAUACUAUUCCUUGUGGUUUAUUGUAUGACCAUAUGUGGGAACCUCCUGAUCAUCACACUGGUGUCCUCCAACAAGAACCUCCAUUCUCCCAUGUACUUCUUCCUCACACAACUGUCUAUGAGUGACAUCAUAAUAGCCACAGAUGUUGUUCCCUACAUGCUUCAUAUUUUACUGAAUGGUGAGGGAAACAUUACUUUUAUUGGCUGCAUCACUCAAUUAUAUUUCUUCAGUGCCACAGAAACAUCUGAUUGUCUGAUUCUCACAGUGAUGGCUUAUGACAGAUAUGUGGCUAUUUGCAAACCCCUCCAUUAUGUGUCUAUAAUGAACAAUGCACACUGUAUGAAAUUGGCUAUUCUGUCUUGGGCUUUGAGUUUUUCCAUCAUAUUGAUUAACACUAUAACCACAUCAAUGCUACAGUUUUGUGGAUCAAAUAUUAUUGACCAUUUUUUUUGUGAUCUUGUUCCCCUACUGGAACUUUCUUGUUCAGAUACUAGAAUUGUGCAAUUAGAGGUUUCUUUAAUCAGUGCUCCUGUGCUUAUAAUCCCAAUCAUAAUUAUUAUAGUAUCUUAUAGCAAUAUCCUUUUGACUGUUUUAACAUCGUCAUCUAAUACUGUCAGACAAAAAGCCUUCUCCACCUGCAGCUCCCAUCUGACUGUGGUGUUUAUUUUUUAUUGGACCUUGUUUGGUGUUUAUGCUCUACCAACAAAGGGACUUUCGCUGAGCAUAAGUAAGAGCUUAUCGAUCAUUUAUACUGUGUUGACCCCUUUGUUAAAUCCCGUUAUAUAUAGUCUCAGGAAUAAGGACAUCAAGAAAGCUCUAAGGAAAACAGUUUAUAAAAAUGUUUUUUUGUAG